AUGGUGGCCUGCCGAGCCUUCCCUUUGACCCUCUCGGGCAAUGCCCGUGACUGGUUCAGGAGCCUCCCGCCAAAUUCCAUUCAUCAUUUCGAGGACCUCGGCAGGAUGUUCCUGACGCAGUUCAUGGCCGGCAGGGUCAGAAGAAAACCGUCGGGAUCCUUAAUGUCAAUGCACCAAGGACCCGAGGAAUCCCUCAGAGAUUUCUUUAUGAGGUUCAACCAGGCUAGACUUGAAGCUGAAGCAGCAACAGAUGAUUUCAUCUACGGAGCUCUCUUUCAGGGAAUCCGAAAAGAUGGAGCACUAAUGGCUGACAUAGCCAGGAAGCCCCCUCAGAAUUUAGAUGGCUUUAUGAGUAAAGCCGAGAAGUACAUUAACCAGGAGGAGACACUCCGAGCUCUGUUGGGACCCGAGGCUACUCGCCCAUCCACUUCCGGGAACCCAAAAAAGAAAAAUCCUCGGAAAGAAGAACGGAAGCGGGUUCCAGAAGAAGAGGCCAGGCCGAAGCGGGAUCAAGAGUCCCUAAGGGGUAACAACUGGACACCCCUCAAUGCACCCAUUAUGGAUGUUCUCCUGGAAAUAAAGCGAGACCCGACGUACCGGAAGCCCAGACCGGUGCUCGCAAAUCCGCAUUCACGAUACGCUGACCAGUACUGUGCGUUUCAUGACACCACCGGGCAUCGUACAGAAGCCUGCAUAUCCUUGAGACUUCUGAUUGAACGUUUCAUAGAAAACGGAAAACUUGUCCGUUUCCUCGCAGAUCAGAGAAUUCAGCAAAAUCCGGAGCACGGCAACCGCCACCAUCAGAAUCGGCACCAUCCGGAUCAAAACAAUCCCCGGGAUGAUCGGGGAAGAAACCAAGAAAGAGGAAGGGAACCAGAAUGCAGGCCAGAUCCUCGGGCUGCACGAGAAAGAAGUAGGAGCCGAGCCAGACCAGAACGGCAGGAAAACCUCCUGGAAAUACAGACGAUUUCGGGGGGUUUCGGAGGAGGUGGAGAAUCUAGCUCGGCGCGGAAGGCAUAUGCAAGACAGUUACGGGAUUUCGAGGUAUACUCGGUGCAGAAACCUCCAAAGUCCCAAAAACGAGACGCACAAGUGAUCGGGUUCUCGGACGAUGAUUACGCAGGGGUAUCACUCCCGCAUACCGACGCUCUGGUGCUGAGUCUGGCCAUAGCCAACCACAAAAUACACCGCGUCUUGGUUGACACAGGAAGCUCGGCUGACAUCCUUUACAAGUCAGCCUUCGAGCGGAUGAAGAUCGAUAGAAGUAAGGUGAUCCCGGCAAGAUAUUCGCUUGUGGGAUUUACAGGAGGCCUACAACGUUAUCCUCGGGAGAACAGCUCUCAACGAAUUUAG